AGACCAACGGACGAAGCGAGAUGACUUCGUAUUUUAUUCGAAGAGACUUAUGAGAAUUGUCAUCGAAUACGCGCUUUCGUUUUUACCGUUCGAGGUGAAACACUUUCCAAUUGUUUUUGAUUAAAUGCUGCGCGACAUAUGCAGUGCCUUUUUAUUAAGUUUUAAGUUAAUUCAAAGGAAUCUUUAUUCCAUUCCAGGACUAUGAGCUUACGACGAAAGGUUCUACGUAUCACGGCAAGAGAUUUACAGGGGAAGGGGUGAGUGUAGAGUGCAUGCUUUUGAGUUUAUUAAGAGGCAAUUUUUUUCAAUGUCACGUAUUUGCAAUGAAAAGUGUUCAAAACCUAAAAUCUUUUUGGCGUUCCUCUCAAAAUUACUUUGUUUUAGCUCUCUAGUUUAUAGAGUUAGCAACCUUUUUAAAUGCAUGCUUGAUGCCCGCGAGGAAUGCUGGUCUUAGUAGUCAUCGUCCAGGAAAAUUAAACAAUUCAAAAUGGCCACUAUCGAAAUUUUCCUGGGCGAUGACUUCUAAGACCAGCAUUCCACGCGGGCAUCAAGCCUUGUGACGUCAUUAUGCAUAAGGUCUAUUAUUUUAAGACCUCGAGUAGAGGUCCCACAAAGGAUUGAACCCGGGUCUCAUUGACACGACACCACAAGAGCUGUGCUUAUUUUUAUCCUACGAGUAUUAGUUUCACACGACUCCAGUAGUUCUAAUGAUAUUCAAAUGUAAUUGUAUUCCUAGAUUUGUGGUGUGUCUAUAUUAAGAGCGGGCGAGACAAUGGAGCCAGCAUUGGAGUCAGUGUGCAAGGAUGUUCGCAUUGGUAAAAUUUUGAUUCAAACUAAUGAAGAUACAGAUGAACCAGAGGUAGGAUAUCUCGUGAAAAACGAAACGUACUAAAAUCAAUCUCGGAUACCUGGAACGUCACAAAAAAAUGUGCUACUGUGACAGAAUAGCUUCUUUGUUUAACACUUAGUCCAGUCAGAGGCCGUGGAAGCAUUUCGAAAGUGGAGGGGCAUUGGCAAAAGGGGCACUUUUGUAUAUGACCAAAAUCAAACGAUUUUAUGUCGUUCACGAGCCGAACGAAUUUUUGAAAAUAUGGAGUCUCUAUAACGUCGGAAAUGGCCUUUACAAAGUCUUAACUACUGCAAAAAUGGCACUUUCUUUCCAGCAAAAGAGGGCGUUUAUUCAAGAAAUACUUUUUUCGUUCUUCAAAUGGGGCACUUUAGCCCGAAAAAGGGGCAUUUUUUUCACUUUUAAAAAAGUGUGGAAGAGGGGCACUUGCCCCAUUGCCCCCGGUUCCGCGGCCCCUGAGUCCAGUCACGAUUCAGUAACCGUAACAUUCUUUCAUUGUCUUUUCGUUGUUUUGGAAAUCCCACUGUUUUCAUGUUAUCCAGUCGUUCAUUGUUUUGUCAUUUUUGCGACGUUCUGUAAACGUUCUGUUGAGAAAACUUUAACCUCGUUUUCAGCUGCACUUCCUUCGACUACCACGUGACAUACAAAAAGACCACGUGAUCUUACUGGACGCAACGCUGGCCAGUGGUGCUGCAGGUACGGUUGUUUUGACAUCAAUUAAUGAACAUUUAAAAAAUGUGGUGAUUACGAGGUUAUCUAAUGUUUAUGUAAUCUAUCUAUCGUGCAUUGUUCUUGUAUUUCUGUUUAUUUUUCAGCUUUGAUGGCUAUUCGAAUUCUCUUGGUAAGUUGAAGUUCAGGUCUCAGCUUUUGAUUCAGGAUCCGUUCCCUUGAGAGCUAGCUAGUGGACACUUAAGGACAUGCAUUGACAGAACUAUUUUUCAGGACCACUACGUUAAAGAAGAAAACAUAUUAUUUGUGUCUUUAAUCGCAGCUGAAACAGGUGGGAUUUUAACAUUAAAAUUAAUAAUUAAUUGCCGUUUAGCUGUUGUGGUGUCCCAGCUUCUUUAAUGCAAUUAUUGUAUGAUGUUUGGAAGCGAAGCACGAUAAAUAAUGGCUAGGUCUUAGCACAGCACAGAGAAAGAAGAGAAAAUGGGAUUAGAUACAAGAGGAAAUGGGGUUAGAUACACUUGAAUUCGCCUAGUAAUGCCACCUGCCUGUUUGUCCAUAUGAUAGAAAUUUACCAAUGAUGAACUGAACAGUUUUUCCAUGGUUCCUUCUUCAGGUGUUCAUUCUGUCGCGUACGCUUUUCCUAAUGUAAGAAUUGUAACUGGUGCUGUAGAUGCUGAACUGAAUGAAUCCUUUCAUAUUCUUCCGGGUAUUGGUAAGUUCAUCAGUCAACUACAAUCGUACACAGUGUUAUUAGAGUACAAUACUUUGCAACUCGGUAAGAGCACAAUAUUUUUUUGAAAUUCUGUUCUUUUACAUUUAGGUAAUUUUGGUGACCGUUAUUUUGGUACAGAUUCGACGUAA